UGGGGAAAUACCACGAGUAUCCUCUAGUAGUCCCGCCUCCAUCCUAUCCGGAGAGCCCCGAUCUUGAUUAGUUUUUGUCCGACGACCUGAAUAUCCGCCGACGAACCGCUCACGUGCACAAACUUGGGAGCGAAGCAGGUGUAUCCGCGUCUAACCGCCAUCAGCCGUAUCAUAUACCCAACAUCCCCCGUGUAACACCGUCACGAUCGAAAUUUCACCGUCGAGCCUGCUGACCUAUCCAGACGCGUAGCGGGGUACAACAUGACAAAAUCUUUUUCAUCCUGUGGUAACUGUAGGGACUUGAGGAGCUGUCCGGAUGGACGUGGGCGGAAGUGAUCUUGACAAUGACCGUUUCCCUCCCUAUAAAAAGUCAUGCUCCCCUUCAUGAGGGUGUCUCGCUAUCUGUACGAUUCCCACGAAGGGUACAUAUCCUUUCAAAAUGCAUUUCGUGUGGACUAUCUUGUUGUCUCCUUAUCUGACGUUUGCUGCAUUUUUCUGCAUCGUCGGGCUCUAUGUAUUCUCCGUAGUCACCUACCGCCUCACCUUGCACCCACUGGCAAAGUACCCCGGCCCGCCUCUGGCACGUGUGACAGAUAUCUACCUAACAUGGUACGCAUAUCGCGGUUCUCGACAUCUAUGCUACCAGCGCGCUCAUGAGCGGUAUGGACCCGUUGUCCGCAUUGGCCCCAAUCAGCUCUCCUUCAAGUCGACCACCGCGCUCAAGUCCAUCUAUGGAUUCCGCAGCAAUGUCAGGAAAGCGGACUUCUACACUGCCUUCCCGGCCAACAAGAAGACCGUGAACGUGCACAGCAGCAUCGACAAGAUGCAACAUGCACGCAAGAGGCGAGUCAUCAGCCACGCUUUCAGCGACGGAGCGAUCAAGUCUCUCGAGAAGUACAUCCUCGCCAACGUCAGAGCGGGAUGCAGCAUGCUCGCGGAAGGCGGCGGAGAGAAAGGCACAGGCAGCGACCCAGAGGGCUGGAGACCGAUGUGGAACGCUGCCAAUUGGUGCAACUGGCUUGUGUUUGAUAUCAUGGGUGAUCUGGUUUUCGGUAAAGCGUUCGGCAUGUUGGAGAGUCCGACGAACCGUUUCGCGGUCGACCUGGUUGGCAAUGCCGCCCAUAGGCAUCUCAUCUGCGGUACCCAUCUUACCAUCCACAAUUGGCAUCUCGACAAGAUCCUGUUCCGCAAGAUCGCCGCACAGCGAGGCCAGUACAUGCAAUACAGCAAAUCGCAAGCCAUGGAGCGGACCAAAAUGGGCCUCGACGUCGACCGCAAGGACUUCUUCUACUACCUCCUCAACGCCAAAGACCCCGAAACCGGCAAAGGCUUCAGCAUGGACGAGCUCUGGGGCGAAUCCAACCUCCUCAUCAUCGCCGGAUCCGACACCACCUCCACAGCAAUGGCCGGCACAUUCUUCUACCUCGCGCAGAACCCUCCCGCCCUCCAGCGCCUCACCCACGAGAUCCGCAGCACCUUCACCGACGUCGAACAGAUCGCCACGGGGCCCACCCUCCACAAAUGCACCUACCUCCGCGCCUGCAUCGACGAAAGCAUGCGCAUGACGCCCCCCGUCGCGGGCGCCCUGCCCCGCCAGGUCCUCCCCGGCGGCAUCGACAUCGACGGCCACCACGUCCCCGCGGGCGUCGACGUCGGAGUCCCCCACUACGCGAUCCACCACAACGCAGACUACUACCCGCGGCCCUUCGACUACGUCCCCGAGCGCUGGCUGCCGGACCCGGAGUCCAACCCCAUGUACGCUCACCUCCAGGAUGCACACGCUGCCUUCUGCCCCUUCAGCAUCGGGCCCCGCGGCUGCAUUGGGAAGGGGCUCGCGUACGUAGAGUUGACUGUCACGAUUGCGAGGGUGCUGUUCCUGUACGAUAUGCGUCUUGCGCCGGGCACUACCCUCGGGGCUGGUGGAGCCGAUCUUGAGAAUGGGAGGUCGAGGCCGAGUGAGUACCAGAUUGAGGAUCGCUUUGCCAGCAUGAAGGACGGUCCCAUGCUGCAGUUCCGACCCCGGAAGGAGUCGUAGUGAGUUUGAUUGAAGUGAGUGCUUGGAGAGGGGUUUAGCUGGGUGCGGGAGAACGAGAGAGAUCCAUACUAAUGAAUGUCAUGACACUUUAAAUCAAGAAUGGAAAGGGAGGACGUCUUGUCUUUGAUCUAGUCUCUGCGAAAAGUAAAUCCAAGUAAUGAACAUGUACAUACGUGCG